CUCUUUCCAAGCACACUAGACUUAGGUAGCACCAAGCCAGCAACCGGGACCCUCCAAAUUGGACACAUCACACUUGGGCGACUUUUUGGACAGAUCUCGCGACGACGCACCGCCUUCCGCCUUCCGUGUCCCUCGGCCAGCUUCCACUUUCCACACUUCCACCCGACUUCCAGGACACUUCUUUUAAUCGCCAACUCCUCCUCCUCCUCCACCACCACCCUUCCUUCCACUUCCUUUCCUUGCUUGAUCCUUCAACGCAGCGCCGACAACACUCUCUGCGCUUCCAACUCUACAAAGGGCUGUUGUCGCCCGUUUAAUCUAAUCUUCCUUCUUUUUACCCUUUUCUUCUUCCUUCACACACGCCAUUGCCCAUCAUGAGUUCCCUACGGUUCCUCGAUCUCGUCAAGCCCUUCGUGCCGUUCCUCCCCGAGGUUCAGCAGCCCGAGACCAAGAUCCCCUUCAACCAAAAGUUGAUGUGGACCGGCUUGACCCUGCUCAUCUUCUUGGUCAUGAGCCAGAUGCCCCUCUACGGCAUUGUCUCGUCCGACACGUCCGAUCCGCUAUACUGGCUGCGUAUGAUGAUGGCGAGUAACAGAGGUACUCUGAUGGAGCUCGGUAUCACCCCCAUCAUCUCGUCCGGCAUGGUCUUCCAGCUCCUCGCCGGCACCCACAUGAUCGACGUCAACCUCGACCUCAAGGCCGAUCGCGAGCUCUACCAGACGGCCCAGAAGCUGUUCGCUGUCAUCCUCUCCAUCGGCACCGCCACUGUCUACGUCUUCACCGGUCUCUAUGGCCCUCCCAGCGACCUCGGUGCCGGUAUCGUCUUCCUUCUCAUCCUCCAGCUCGUCGUUGCCGGCAUGAUUGUCAUUCUCCUCGAUGAGCUCCUCCAGAAGGGCUAUGGCCUCGGCAGCGGUAUCUCGCUGUUCAUUGCCACCAACAUCUGCGAGUCCAUCAUGUGGAAGGCCUUCUCCCCCACCUCCAUCAACACCGGCCGUGGCCCCGAGUACGAGGGUGCCGUCAUUGCCCUCUUCCACCUCCUCAUGACCUGGGACAACAAGCAGCGUGCUCUUUACGAGGCUUUCUACCGCCAGAACCUCCCCAACAUCAUGAACUUGCUCGCCACUCUCGUCGUCUUCGCCGCCGUCAUCUACCUCCAGGGCUUCCGCGUCGAGAUCCCCGUCAAGUCUUCGCGCCAGCGUGGUGCCCGUGGCUCUUACCCCAUCCGCCUCUUCUACACCUCCAACAUGCCCAUCAUGCUGCAGUCCGCUCUCUCCUCCAACGUCUUCCUGAUCAGCCAGAUGCUCUACUCUCGCUUCUCCGAGAACCUUCUGGUCCGUCUUUUCGGCGUCUGGGAGGCCAAGGAGGGCACUGCCCAGCUCUCUGCCGUUUCCGGUCUUGUCUACUACAUGAGCCCCCCUCUCAACUUCAAGGACGCUCUCCUCGACCCCAUCCACACCGCCGUCUACAUCGCCUACAUGCUCACUGCCUGCGCUGUCUUCUCCAAGACCUGGAUUGAGGUUUCCGGCUCCAGCCCCCGCGAUGUCGCCAAGCAGCUCAAGGACCAGGGUCUCGUCAUGGCCGGCCACCGCGAGCAGAGCAUGUACAAGGAGCUCAAGCGUAUCAUCCCCACUGCUGCCGCUUUCGGUGGUGCCUGCAUUGGUGCUCUCUCUGUUGCCAGCGACCUCAUGGGCGCUCUUGGCUCCGGUACCGGUACUCUCUUGGCUGUCACUAUCAUCUACGGCUACUUCGAAAUUGCCGCCAAGGAGGGUGAUCUUCAGGGCAUGAAGGGUAUGAUCAUGGGUUAAAGAUCCAGAUCUAUGCUUUGGUAUCAUCUCAAGAGGUAGUAAAGACCUCGAAUCAGGUUAGCCAUGAUGACGAAGGCAAUCCUCAACACGGGUUUGCCGGGCUGGCUACCUGAUGGUACUACAUGUGGAAUAUAAUGAGUGGAAAGAAAUCAAGAUAAACCUACGUUGUGUUGUGUGUUUGUGUAACUCAAAUGUGUAUUAUACUACCUCGGGAAAAACCAAAGGGUCCACAAAAAGGGUGGCGUCUUUAUGAGCACUUGCUAAAAGCGAGCGGACGGAUGGGGCGGGGUUAAGGAAGACAAUGGUUGCUAUCUUUAUCUUGCCCUCAAUAUAUUGGAUGUAUAACAUGAAUAACGAAUGGCAACAACAAAUCGAGGGGCAGCCAGGCCUGCCGUGGGAUGGUGGUUGGACGUAGUGAUUACAUUGAGGCCAUUGCUUCCAUGCUGCUCGAGGGUUUGUCCAAGAGCUCCUUGGCCCCCGUGUUGCUGAUUUGACGUUUGACAGAUAGUAUGGAAGCACAUAUGCACAAAUACCAAAGGCACUGUCUUGAUAUUAUGUUUUUUUU